UAAUAGCGCAAGCUGGAGCUGGUGUGGGCCUUCUUCAGAUGUGCGUGGAGCCUGAAGGUCGGAGUGCUGCGUGUGUGCGUGUGUGUGUGUGUGUAUGUUUUUCCAGAUAGGCUACUGAGGCGGCAUUAGCUUGAGCAAGGCAUUUCUUCUUACCCCGACAAACCUUCAGGGGGCUUUUAGCAUUUGUUCAGUCUGCAGUCUCUGGAAAACAUCUGAUUCAUUUUUUAACCAGUCCCAGAUGCGGCAGCGUGAGAGUGUGUGUCUGAGCGCGUCAGAGUGAGUUUGUCAGUGCAUGGGAAUUUGGGGAGAAUAUCUGCUGUCUAAAGAAGGGGAGGGAAAGAAGAAGCGUGUGGAUUUUUAAAAAAAAAUACUUUUUAGGUAUGAACGCAGCGUGCGUCUCAUACUGCGAUAUGACAUCGAUGGAUUCAUAUUAUAGCACGUCUACUGCGCAAGGUAGGGACCAGGCGAACCCGUUCAGGACUUUCCAGACUACUGAAACCAAAUACAGCCCCACGUUCAUUCCGGGUAAAGGACAGGCUUACGGAGAGAAGUCCCGGAGUCCGUUCCAGCCGGAGUGCCAGUCAUUGGAUGGCGCUGAGGAGGGCACCUUCAACAAAUACCAACUCUUCAUGCAGCGACCGACGUGCAAAACUCCGCCCGAAGGAAGCAAGCUGCACCCGGACAGCGGACACAACGGGACGCUCAUUCCCUGCUAUGGGAAAGACAACAGCGGCCUGACAGAGUCUGAGCUGACCCAGAGUGUCGACUCGUCUGGGAUGGAAGGCAGCUAUCUGAACCUAAAGGCACCUGGUGAGAAGGGGCUGAGCGAGCGGCCGGGCUCGGACCUCUCGAGUCCUCUGGACAAAAGUGAGGCCGAGAGCAACAAAGGCAAGAAGAGACGCAAUCGCACCACCUUCACCAGCUAUCAGCUCGAGGAGCUGGAGAAAGUUUUCCAGAAGACACACUACCCAGAUGUUUAUGCCCGCGAGCAGCUGGCACUGAGGACAGACCUGACAGAGGCUCGUGUACAGGUGUGGUUCCAGAAUCGCAGAGCCAAGUGGAGGAAGAGGGAGCGUUAUGGCCAGAUGCAACAGGUCCGGACACACUUCUCAACCGCUUAUGAGCUGCCUCUACUGACUCGGCCCGAGAACUAUGCACAGAUCCAGAACCCUUCGUGGAUUGGGAGCAGCAGUGGAGCAUCUCCAGUGCCGGGUUGCGUUGUGCCUUGUGACUCUGUCCCCUCCUGCAUGCCGCCUCACCCUCAUGGUCCCGGAGGAGUCUCUGACUUCCUGGGUGUUCCCAGUCCAGGGACCAGCCAAAUGGGACAGACACAUAUGGGCAGCCUUUUUGGUGGUCCUGGGAUGGGUGGGGGAAUCAAUGGCUAUGACCUCAAUCUUGAUCCAGACCGCAAGUCUUCCAGCAUAGCUGCGCUGCGUAUGAAGGCCAAGGAACACAGUGCAGCCAUCUCUUGGGCUACAUGAUCUCUCAGCCCAGUUCCACCCUGCCCCCUAUGGUCCUCUUCUCUGGAGCAGCCAUCAGUGAGUGCUGUGUGUGUGUGUGUGUGGGGGGGGGGGUGGGGGUGGGUGGGGGGGGGGGGAGGGGAGGAGUUUUCCCGAGAGCACUAACGACUACACAGGCCAAAUGAACAGGGAGGACUGUGGAGAUUACAGAGGCCAUUAGAGCGGCCAACACAACUAAGAUUACAACUGUGGCUGUAACAGUCAGCAGAUGCUGAAAGUGAGAGAAAUACAGAGGUGUGACUCAGAAGAAGAUGUUACUGAGAUGUGUUCAUUCUUGAUUCCUAGAUCUCUCAGGUCUCAUUUGAAAUAUCGGGGUUUAGUCUAUAAUUCAUAAUAGUAAUAAGUUUCAGAAAAAUAAAAUAUGGUUUACAAAAUAGUUUCAUAGAAUACAAAAGUUCAGUAUCAAAGUAAGCUUGAUUCACAUUUAAUUCCUUUAGCUUUUUUUUUAUUUUUAUUUUUUAAACCACCCAUCCUGCCCCACUCAUUUUGUUUGUGUCAAUUUAGACUUGUCUCUCAUAUACAUGAGUUCAAUUGCAUAUCGGAACAUUCAGUAUUUGCAUUUUAAAAGUCAUUUUAAAAACAAGGCCAAGCUUGGAUGGAUACCAAGUGGUGAGAGUUGUUCUGUCACUUGCCAUUUGCAAACUCUACUUUAAAGCAAACAAUAAUUGGUUAUAAAAGAAAACAUAAAAUUUGUCGAAGCCUGCGGUGGAUGGUUUGUCCCUACAAAAGAAGGACAGAGGAUGAAUGCAGUAAGUGAACAGUAAUUGAGCAGACAUGGACUGUGCCAAUUAUUCUGGGAUUGGCAGCAAUUCCAAACCAACGUGUCAUUUCCUCCCACAGGGGUGCCUCCACAGGUUCCCCUGCUAGGCUCAGGCCUCAGGUUACAGGAAACACUGUCUCCACUGGCAGACAAGGCGCAGAAAUGCACAGCAGCAGCCUUCAACACCAACUAGCCACGCCAACUUCAAUCAGCAACCAACAGCAAUAGACACACUUAAAUAGCAUCAAAAUGAGACGUCGUGGCCUGCAAACACUGCAGUACAUCACAGCGUGCACGGUGAGUCCAUUACUGCACACACAGUUCCACACACUGUUAUAAUCAAUUCAUCGUUAGAUGUGGGCUCAGCACAGAUGACUCUUGGAUUUGUAGCUCGCUCACAGAAUCUGUCACAUGCCAGAGACUGCAGGCCAAAUCAGUGGCUCCAAUCGUCCCGAAGAGCACCCCAUCACGUUUAGGAAAUGUGAUGACUUAGAGCUGGACAACAGGAAUGUGGUGAAUACGUCCCGUGAUUGCAGGGGUAUCUCUGUGUGUUAUCCCGCUGGAAUAAGCUUGUCACCAGAGCUGGGCUGCAGGCUGAAGCAAGAGACAGGCUUCAUUAGUCUUUUGGCUGAUCGCUCUCUGACGCCCACUGGGCUACGUAUCUGCUUUCUUUCCCAGGUAAGGAUAAUGGCAAGAGAGUCCAUUUCUGCUCCUCAAAGCUGGUUGAUCAUUGUAAGAUAUGAGUGCCCAUUCCAGCCCUCUGACUUGAGAGAAGGACUGCAAUUAUCAACUAUUUUCAGUAUUGAUAAGAUCAAUUGGUCAAUUCAUUACUUGGUGUGUAUAAUGCAAGAAAAUUGUGGGGAAGUUCUCAAAAUCAAUAAGACCCGAACAUGACGUCUUCACGUCUUGUUUUGUUGCCCCAAAGCCCCAAAAUAUUUAGUUUACUAUCACAUAUGAUAGAGAAAAGUGUAUGUCUGGAACCAGAUAAUUUGCCAUUUUUGCUUGAAAAUAUAUUUAAAAGGAUUAUGAAUAUAGUUGAUUUAAUUUUCUGUCUACCCUUUGUUGUAGCUCUACAAUUCUUCCUUUAAAAAAUGUACAAAGAAUUGCAAAGCUUUCCUAUUUUCAUAGUUAGAAAAAAGUUUUAAAAUUCAUGUCAUCCAGUGAUAAAAUAGAUUGUUGAUGCCUUCAAAUCAAACCCUUUCCUGUCAACAGCGGGUAAAUGAGGUGACAUCAUGAUGUUUACUUUGACAUUAGAGUUUAUGCUACUAAUAUAUUCUACACAGGAGAGUUUACUGGCCAAACUUAAACUAAUAGCAUUGAAUGAAAAGACAAAGAUCUCUAACAUUGAGAAAGGAAAAAAUAUUUUGAAUUCACUUUAGACUUUGUUAGAUGUGAGGACUAAAUGUCAGAAAAUUAUCUAAAAAUGUCAAGAUAAAAGCAGGAUGUGGUCACAAAAAAAAUAUUGCAUGACUACAUGUGACUGAAUUCCUACUUUGUAGAGUUGAGUUUGUCUUCUCGCUGGUCCUCCAUCAGUUAACCUUUGCAGCUCCGUCCAUGUUGAUACUACUGAAAUAAAACAAUUGAAAUCCAUAGUUAUAAUGUUGUAUUGCGUGAAUGUGCUUGUACAUUUGUUUUGCUGAUUUGUUGAAUUAUGGACCUCCAGAGAUUAACCAUUGAAGUAUUGCAAAAAAACUGUAAAAUUAUGUUUUUUGUGUUAUUUUGGACUUUUAAGUUGAAAUUUCUUUCCAAUUGUCUUAUGGCUUUAAGCAGCAUUUUGUAUAUUAAUCAAGGAUUUCUACUUUUGAUUGUGACUAUAUAUAAUGUACCAUUGCAAUAAGUUAUUGCACUUACAGUGUUGGAGAAGCUUUUUUAUUUUUGACCUCCACUGGGACAGUGGUUUACUUUGCUAACGCCAGAGGUCUGUGGUUUUGUGACCCAACAGUUGAGAACUGUCUCCUAAUUCUGUCUAUAUUUAGCAGCAUGAACAGCAUCAGAUCUGUUAAGGUGCUUGACAUUCAUUUGUACAGAAGUAACUUGCUGUUUCUGAUGAUGAUGGUUUUGAAGUGAUGUUGAAAUAAAUGAAUCUCCAACAGUUGAA